UCCUCGUGUCUUCUAUAAAUUUUAUUGUACGCAUGCGUAGUGACGAAGAGUUGUAGAUACUACACGAUAUUCUCUUUAGCACUCCCAAGUCUUUAGCCUUCCAUCGCUUAUCAAGUAUGGCGCUGGAUAGAAUUUCAAAGGUGUUGAUAGUCUUUCUGGUGGUGUGUGACGUCAGCCUUUCACAGUUGAAUGAAGAGGAGGAAUUGUGUGUGUCAGCGGAUGAUGCAACGACCACUUGGGCCAGCCUUACGCAACAGAUUCCAGUCAAUUACCACAUUCACACCAGUAACGUGAGCGUCCCCCAUAAUUAUGUACCGGAUUGCCCGUCAUACUCGUCUGGCUACUCCAUUGAAGAAUUGUCACUGUGUCCUUGGCAUUGGGCUGUACACACCGAUCAUGAAAGAUUUCCGCCUAAUAUGGUCUACGCAGUGUGUACCUGCGGUAACUGCGGGAACCCACGAUUCGGGAGGGUCAUGAGGUGUAGGCCGCUCUAUUACGUGUUUCAAGUCGUCAAACGUAUGUGUCAAAACGGGCUGUACAGAUAUUUCUUCACUCAGGAGCGUCUUCCCAUUGCCUGCUUGUGUGCCCACAGGCCCGUGACCUUCAUCACCCCUGUGCCUCGUUAAGCUGAU